CUAGAAUAGAAUACUCACAGCAUGAUCACAGAGGCAGAAGCAGGCAGACCGGCAGGCAGGACCUUCCUCCCCUGAUCCUCUGUGUCAGAGCCCCAAAUCCCCCCUUCUCUCUCAUCUUCCUCGUCCUUAACUUCUCUCUCUCACCCUCAUCCGUCUUCUCUCUCUCCUCCCGCCUGCCUUUUAAGCGACGCGCCCACCUCCCACCGCAGGACCCUCUGAUCGACCACCCUUCCCCCGGCUCUCCCUCCUCCGCGCCGCGCCCGUUGAUGGCCGGCGGGAAGAGGACGACGGCGCGCCACCAACACAACCACCCACCGCCGCCGCCGCCUAACCCUAGCCCUAACCGUGGCCGCGGGGUCGCCGACCCGCCGCCGGCCUCGGACGACUCGCCGUCGUCGAAGCGCAUGCUGGCCUUCCACUUCCUCCGCGCGCUGGCACGGAUCCACAGCACCACGCCGGCGCCGCGCCGCCCGCGCACCAUCCGCCGCGCGGCCUACUCGUCCAUGGCGCGCGCCGCCAGCCCGCGCCGGGCCUGGACGCAGGCGCUGCUGCUCCGCCGGGCGCGCUCGCGCGGGGUGGCCGUCGUCGGCUCGUCCAGGCGCGCGGUCCUGCUGCGGAGGCGCGUCUCCGCCUCGGCGCCUCCACCGAUGCUCCGCGCCAGCGCCGGGGCGACGUCGGCGGCGGCGCCGCCGGUCCAGGGCCCGCCUCCGAGGCAGGCCGGGGAGCCGGCCAGGGCCGACGCGCUCCGGCGGAUCGUCCCCGGCGGCGCCGGCAUGGAGUACUGCAGCCUACUCGACGAGACCGCCGACUACGUGCUGCACCUCCGCGCGCAGGUGCAGCUCAUGCAGAGCCUCGUCGACCUCUUCUCUCCGCCCAACCCAACCAGUAAUUAAUCAAUACCGCAUGGUCAAUUGAUUCUUCCCUCUUGCACCGCCGUCGCCGCGGUUUGUGUCUAAAUCAUCAUCGCAUAUCUCUUGUUCAUGCCACACAUGCAUGAGAUGGAUGCAUGAUUAAGAUAGGAGAUUAUUGUUGAGGAGAGAGAUCGAUUAUUAUUAUUGCUGCUAGUGCAUAUGUUUAGUGGGUGUAUAGGUUGGGAACACACAUUCAUGGAGGAUGGAACCACACACCGAUCAAUUGGAGGGAGAAGAGAUUGUUCGGGUAAUUAAUUGUAAUAUAUAUAUAGAGAGACAAUUGAGCCACAUACAUAUAUAAGCUAUUAGUGCA